CGUGCGCGGGGGCCGUCGCCAAUGGCGGCCGGCGGAGGAGGGCGGGGGGGCGGCUGACGGGAGCUGCCGCCGCCGCCGCCGCCGGUCGCGCCCAUUCAUCGCCGCCGCCUUGCCCGGCCUCGGCCUCGGCCUGCGCGGGGCUCCGCGGCGCCAUGGAGGCGCUGAUCCCCGUCAUCAACAAGCUGCAGGACGUCUUCAACACGGUGGGGGCCGACAUCAUCCAGCUGCCGCAGAUCGUGGUGGUGGGCACGCAGAGCAGUGGAAAGAGUUCUGUGUUGGAAAGUCUUGUGGGGAGAGAUCUGCUCCCACGAGGUACCGGAGUUGUCACCCGAAGACCCCUUAUUCUGCAGCUGGUGCACGUUUCCCCAGAGGAUGGUCGGAAAACAGCUGGAGAUGAAAACGACCCUGCUACAUGGAAAAAUCCAAGACACCUUUCUAAAGAGAUAGAUGCUGAAGAAUGGGGUAAAUUUCUUCACACCAAAAACAAGAUCUAUACAGAUUUUGAUGAAAUUCGUCAGGAAAUAGAAAAUGAAACAGAGAGGAUUUCAGGAAAUAAUAAGGGAAUCAGUCCUGAACCUAUUCAUCUUAAAAUUUUUUCAUCCAAUGUUGUAAAUCUGACUCUUGUGGAUUUACCAGGAAUGACAAAGGUGCCUGUUGGUGAUCAGCCUAAGGAUAUUGAACUUCAAAUAAGAGAGCUAAUCCUUCAAUUCAUCAGCAACCCAAAUUCAAUUAUUCUGGCGGUCACAGCAGCUAACACAGACAUGGCCACUUCAGAAGCACUUAAAAUUGCACGGGAGGUGGAUCCAGACGGUCGAAGAACCCUUGCUGUUAUCACAAAGCUGGAUCUCAUGGAUGCUGGCACUGAUGCUAUGGAUGUGCUUAUGGGAAGAGUGAUUCCAGUAAAACUUGGCAUCAUUGGAGUGGUGAACAGGAGUCAGUUGGAUAUUAACAAUAAGAAGAGUGUAGCUGAUUCUAUCCGUGAUGAGUAUGGUUUUCUUCAAAAGAAGUAUCCUUCCCUAGCCAAUCGAAAUGGAACUAAGUAUCUCGCUAGAACACUGAACAGACUACUAAUGCAUCAUAUCAGGGAUUGCUUGCCAGAACUGAAAACCAGAAUCAAUGUUUUAGCUGCUCAAUACCAGUCUCUGCUAAACAGCUAUGGGGAACCUGUGGAGGACAAAAGUGCCACUUUAUUGCAGCUUAUUACCAAAUUUGCCACAGAAUAUUGUAAUACUAUUGAAGGAACAGCAAAAUACAUAGAGACUUCUGAGCUAUGUGGUGGAGCCAGAAUCUGUUACAUUUUUCAUGAGACCUUUGGAAGAACCUUAGAAUCUGUUGAUCCUCUAGGUGGCCUUAACACAAUUGAUAUUCUGACUGCCAUUAGAAAUGCUACUGGUCCCCGUCCUGCCUUGUUUGUUCCUGAAGUUUCAUUUGAAUUGCUGGUUAAAAGGCAAAUCAAACGUUUAGAAGAGCCUAGCUUACGUUGUGUGGAGCUGGUUCAUGAAGAAAUGCAGAGGAUUAUCCAGCAUUGUAGUAAUUACAGUACACAGGAGUUAUUGAGAUUUCCUAAAUUGCAUGAUGCCAUAGUUGAAGUAGUAACUUGUCUUCUGCGUAGAAGACUUCCUGUCACAAAUGAAAUGGUUCAUAAUUUAGUGGCUAUUGAGUUAGCCUAUAUUAAUACCAAACAUCCAGAUUUUGCUGAUGCCUGCGGGUUAAUGAAUAACAACAUCGAGGAACAAAGACGUAACAGGUUAGCCCGGGAAUUGCCUUCUGCUGUGCCACGAGACAAGUCUACUAAAGCUCCAGGUGCAUUGACACCUGCUUCCCAGGAGACUGUUACUGCUGCUUCUGCUGAGGCUGAUGGCAAGGCUGCUCCUGGAACAGGAGAUGUGUCCCAGGAGUCUGGAACAGGCAACUGGAGAGGAAUGCUUAAACCCUCAAAAGCAGAAGAGGCAUCAGCAGAGGAAAAAUCAAAACCAGCUGCAGCCCUUCCUGCUAGUCCUCAAAAAGGACAUGCUGUAAACCUAUUAGAUGUGCCUGUACCUGUUGCACGCAAACUUUCUGCCCGUGAGCAACGAGAUUGUGAAGUGAUUGAACGACUCAUUAAAUCUUACUUCCUUAUUGUUAGAAAGAACAUUCAGGACAGUGUGCCAAAGGCAGUGAUGCAUUUUCUGGUGAACCACGUGAAAGACACUCUUCAGAGUGAGCUGGUAGGCCAGCUGUAUAAAUCCUUGCUGUUGGAUGACCUUCUGACAGAGUCUGAAGACAUGGCGCAGCGAAGAAAAGAGGCAGCUGAUAUGCUAAAGGCCCUGCAGCGAGCCAGUCAAAUCAUUGCAGAGAUUCGGGAGACACAUCUUUGGUGAAGACUGUACCAGCCACACUAUUUAUAUGCAUUGGAGGUUACAUUGACUUGAAAAUUGCUAGGCAUGGUAUACGGAAUAGAAUUUUUAUUUAUGAACUCUUAUCUGUGUACUGCAACUGUGUAAAUCUGCUCAUGUAAAGACAGUUGGUUUGAUUUGCAAACAGACAAAUAUGCUGUAUUUUGCAAAAUAAGUCAUAUUUAAUCCACAUAAUAAAUGGCUCUAAAUGUUUCCUUACCAGCUUUCUGGUGCAAAUUAAAGCAGACCAAGUCUUACUGUCUCAAUGACAGGCUCAUUUGAACUUGGGGAAAAAACAUUAAAGUUCCAGUGCCUGAUUUGCUGAACAGAUUGCCUGUGGUUAAGAUGGACAGUGUAGUCUUGUGGCAUAGUUUUAAGCUGCUUUUACAGUAGAGGUUUAAAUACUGUGAAGAGAGCACCAUGUAUUUUCUUUCAUGAAUAUAUUGCAUGCACUAUGGCAGAUGGAGGUGUCAAUUUUAUAGCACAGUAGAGAUGUCUACCGUAUCGCUACGUAUGUGUGUCCCCAUUUUUUUCCCAAAUGUUAAAACUGCAGACAAAAUUUUGAUCUUCAUUUAAUGGAGCAUCAUGUUGGAUGAAUUAGCCUGGAGCUUGUGAACAAGUAACAGCCUACUACUAAAAAGUGGGUGCAAAGUUGUUGAUGUGCACUGGAGCUUGUGUAUAAACGUUGGGGUUUAUAAUCAGGUACAAGACCACCUUCCCCUUCCUCCUCGCCCUGGGACCAAGCCCCUGGACCAUCCAAUAGUAAAUUUGUUCUGGCAGAGCUGAAAAAAAAUAAAAAUGGAUUUCAAAACUGUUAUGGGAUAGUAAGUGUUUCUUUCAAAAACAGAUUAAGUUGGCCAGGGAGAAGGGGAUCCCCACAACUUUUUCCAGACUUUAGAAGGUAUGACAGCAUGAAAGAAAGUCUGUAGAAUUGGAAUAUUUAUACUAGAAAUUACACUUGCUUUUGAGGAAAUUUUACUGUGCUGUAAGUAGCUUUUUUAUUUUUUUUGAGGACAAUCAAAUUAGGAAAUAAGUUGGAAGUUAAGUUGAUGAGUUAUUUUCUUCUGAUUGUAAUUCAUACAGAUAAAUAUUGUUCUCACUAACCUUUAAAGAGUAAGCAUUUUAAUUUUUAUGAAUAAAAAUUUAUUUAAAUUCCAGCCAGCACACUUGCAUGUACUUUUCAAACAGAUUUACUUUUUUGUAUAAAGUAAAAAAACGUGUACUGUGGUAUUGCUGAUAUUUUAUCUUUAACACAACUUGCAUGUAAAAAAUAAGACACUGCUGUUAACAGCCAUGGCUUGCUCUUAGUGCAUUGGGCCAGUACCAUGAGGUUUUUAUUCCCAUUUUCAGUUCCUUUUCCUGUUUCAUCAGUUAACUGAAGUGGAAUUCCUUUUCUAAAUGCUAAAGAUUGAAAAUUCAGAACCAGUUAAGACCUCAAUUUCCAACAAGGUCUGUUUUAAAGAUUUAUUUUUCACAUGGUAGUCUUCAGUUUGGUACCAAUAUAAACCCAAGGAGUUAAGUCUUACACGUAAUUUUUUGUAUAGUUAUUUUAUGCAUUAUCUGAAAUAAUUCAUGCAGGACAUGGAAAUAUAUUCUGUAUUUUUAAACGGCCUAAAAAGUCAUGAUGUGUGCAUUAGAUGUAAUGAAUACAAAGGAAGUAAUUCUAACUUCUCGCUUCUUAUCCAGAGAUGGUACAUUUAAGAAAUGUGACUGUAGUGGAAGUUGAAGUGCAAGCCACUUUUCAAAUCAAUUUUGGUGAACAGUGAGAGCUCUUAAGAAUUUUGUCAAAAGUACUGCAUUUCUAGUUGGAAUUCACCUGAUAUCUCUUUCCCUUGUACUUUUGACAUCUAAGAAAUACGUUUUCAACAAAGUAGAACUGUCCCUAAGUGAACUGCUACUAAGCUUUAACUCCCAAAUGUUGAUCAACAGUCUGUUGGCAGGAGAUGUUCUUACUUGCAAAGUUUUGAAAUGCUGCAAUAAGGCAAAUGAGUUCCAUUUAUUUACGAAAUCCUUGCAAGUGAUAACUGGCUCUGUAAUGUCAUGUGAAAUUUCCAAAAUGCUAACUUGUUUUUUGAAUUUUUUUUGUUUUGCAAAUUUUCAAGUGAGUUGAGUGCCAAGAAAUGAAGUUGAUUUGUCAUGCUUAAUGCAAAUCUUUAAAAAUCCAUGCUGUAACAGUCCUGUUAUUAAAUAAACAGAUGAUAUACAAAAUAUAUUAUCCCAGAAAUAAAAGUUUUGAACUGGCUUUUAGGUCAGGUGGCAGGACUAUAUGCUCUUAUAAGAUUAUAGAGUAACUAACUAUACUUGUACAGCCUUACAUAUGUUUGCACUUGUCCUUCUGCAAUUUAACAUUUUCAGUUCUUGUAGUAGUUGCAGAAGUUAUAGUGUGGACAGACUGCUGAUGGUGCUUGUUUUUUAAACAACGUGUCAAAGUGCUACUGUUGUUGCCACCCUUAGUAGAAAUAAUGGAGGAAUUGGUAAAAAUGUCUACUAGAGGUAGCAACUGAAAAAUUCUCACUAGAUUAGACUGAUUGCCUACAGAUGUCUUCUAGUCAACCGUAUUUAAUUUAAACCCAAAAUAUUUUUGUCAUCAAUGAACAACUUUCAAGCUAACUCAAAAGACAACUUACUAUCCAGUGAAACAGUCAUGGGGGAGAAUAACCUCUGUAGCUAAGUUUAGACUACUAAAUGUUUGACGUUGAUACCUGACCUAUGUGUGGUACUACUGUAAAUAAAACACAGUAUCUGUGUGUGA